GUAAAACUGCAUUCAGGUUCCAAGAGAAUGGGAAAGGAGUCAUACUGCUGUAUGUCUGAGGUUCAGAUUUUCCAUUAAUGCUGCAUUGAUCAAAAUCAAUAAAAUGACCUUAAUAGUUGAGAAUCCCUUUCAGGUGGGGAUUUCUAACCAGAGACUAGUAAGAUGGAAAUCUAUUUCUCCAGCAAUAAUAGAAAGUUAGAACAUCGUAGUACUCAAUUAGGGCUAUGGACUCCCGUAAUGCUGGAAGGUGAAAGUACAAACACUACAUUGAAGCAAGCUUUAUUUGCUGUCAUUUGAAAAACUUUCUAAAAACAUUUUGUAAUAGUUCAAAUAAUGAUUGGUUCUGAGCAGCACCUGGGAUUUACUGUUUUGCUAAGGUGACAUAUCAGGUGCUUCGAUUUAUUUUCUUGAUGACGUUCCAAUUAAAUUGUACCAGGGAACGAACUGCAAAGUUAAUCUGCGAGGUUUGUAUUUUUUUUUUUUUUUUUUUUUUUUAAAAAAGUAGCGAACAGGCUCCAACACCGGACCGCUGACCGCGGCAAACGCACGUGAUGUCAGCCCAAUUGCCGCGUCCACGCGCGUGAAAAUGCCGCGCUCCUGCCAACAGCUGAUUGGUGCGCCAGCGCUUUUAUCGACCAGCGCGCAGUUCGUGGGUAUUGCCGGUCACUGCUGGGUUCUCGCGUCUCACGAAUCGUCGCUGAUUGUGGAUGUGGGGGAUUUUAUGUGUGAUGGCGUGGCCGGGAAAAUUGGGGUCUUUUUUAGCCUGUUUUACUGUAAAUCUUGUCAUAUGUUGUGCGUUGGCAGGUCUCUAUGAUCUUGAUAAGCAAGAUAAUGUUGUGGGAGCUUUUAUACUACAUGAUAGACAAGGGUAUGGCAGGUGGACUAGCAAAAAAACUGCUUCAAAGGAUACAGUUCUAAUUGGGAAGAUAAUACUGGGCUCUAGUCAGAAGGGUAGGAAAGGAGAUAACCUCCCACAUAGGAAGGACUUGCAUGUGGACCCCUUCAGUAGCUCCCUUGAAGAUACUUCUGAAUAUCAGUCAGAUGCUGAUUGGAAUGCCUUGGAACGCCUGCAGGGUGAGGUUUAUGGUCCCCCUAGCUCUAAGAAUCCAGCUGUUAAGAGACUACUUGAAAUGGAACCUUCAGUACAGUGUCGAGACAACUUCAUGACUCUUCAUGUGAAAGGAAGCUUGCUGAGAUCUUCCUUGAUGGUAGAUGGAGGAGAUGGAUCGCUGCUUCCUCUAUCUCAAUUGCCUUCUCGUUGUGGCUAUUCUGUGAAGACAACAUGGCGUGACAUGGUUUUUACAGCACCCUAUGAUGGUUGCUAUGGUAUACAAGAGGGUGGCAGUCAUAUUCUGCCGUUGCACUGGCUGGGGACACCUAUGAAAAUGGCAUGUCCGCAUCGUCCCUCAACUGCUCCUGCCUCUGUUACCUGUUAUCCUUCUGGCAUGGUUGUGAAAAUUGAUGCACCCCAGGUUGUAGCCAAUGAGCUCAAUAUCAAAUUCAAGAAUGAAUGGAAACCACUCUUAUGGGUGUCAGCACAGUGUGGCUAUAGUGUGGUGACACACCCUGGAGGACUAAUAGUCACUGCUCCUUUCACACCUUGUCAUGAAAUGAAGGAUGGGAUUCAUUCAAUUGAGAUUCUUGAAGGGAAGAUCAAACUAUCUUGUCCUCGUGCAGCUGUUAAUGUGGGCUCUGUAGUGGACUUCAUUACAGUUCAUCACCCUGAAACCCCUGUUCCUGCCUACUUUCAAACGCCAAAACCUGCCCCAGCCCCUGCUGCCCCUUGGUCCCCAGGUUUUGUCUAUCCUCAGCCUUUAAAGCCAACUAUAGCUACUCGCAAACCUAUUCCUACCUUCCCUGAGCCUUCAAAACCUGCCUCAGCCACUGCUGUCCCGUGGAUCCCAGGCUUUGUGUUCCCUGAGCCUUCAAAACCUGCCUCAGCCACUGCUGUCCCGUGGAUCCAAGGCUUUGUGUUCCCUGAGCCUUCAAAACCUGCCUCAGCCACUGCUGCCCCUUGGCCCCCAGGCUUUGUGUUCCCUGAGCCUUCAAAACCUGCCUCAGCCACUGCUGUCCCGUGGAUCCAAGGCUUUGUGUUCCCUGAGCCUUCAAAACCUGCCUCAGCCACUGCUGCCCCUUGGCCCCCAGGCUUUGUGUUCCCUGAGCCUUCAAAACCUGCCUCAGCCACUGCUGCCCCUUGGCCCCCAGGCUUUGUGUUCCCUGAGCCUUCAAAACCUGCUUCAGCUCCUGCUGCCCCUUGGUCCCCAGGUUUUGUCUAUCCUCAGCCUUUAAAGCCAACUAUAGCUACUCCCAAACAUCUUCCUACCUUCCCUCAUCCUUCAAAACCUGUCCCAGCCACUGCUGCCCCUUGGUUCCCAGGCUUUCUGUUCCCUCAGCCUUCAAAACCUGCUCUAGCCACUGCUGCCCCUAGACCAGCUCCUGCCUACCCUAAGCCUGAAACUAGAAGAGAUGCUUUGCCUCCUCAUCAAUCCUAUAACAGUCCUAUUCCACCUUGGUCUGUCUACCUUCAGCCUGCUGCUUCUACCUGGGGCCCUCGGCGUUUCUACCCUCCCUACAGGAGCCACCCUCCAGCUGGCUACCCUUGCGGUUACUCUAACUGUUGGCCUAUCUCAUAUCAUCAGCACAACCACCUCCACCUGGAUUCGGGUAACUUUGCUGACUGUGCUCAAGUUUCUGCCCUAGCUGGAGAGCCUCAUCCUGCCUCUUAUGUCCCAGUAUUGCCUUAUUCCAAGAAAUAUAACCUGCAAUAUGCCCCCUUUUCCUCCAAGUCACUGCUUGGUGGUUCUGCCAUCCAGUUACCAACUCCAGCUUUGCCCCCUCAGGUAUCGCAUCAAGCCUUCAAGAACUAUUGGGACCUUGUUGUGCCUUUCUCUAGCUCUCAAUCUAACCCUAAAGGCCCUUCUGCACUACACUCAACCUCUCUUUCUCAAGAAGCUGUUGAUGUCCCUUUGCCUCACCCUCAUCUUGGGUCUAAUGCCAAUAAUUACUGGUCUGAUACUAGGCCUCUGUACCCUGCUCCUCAAACCCCAAAGCAACCAAUAUUUCCCCAUCGACCAGUCCAGCAUUUUAGUAAUGGCCAUAAGCCUCGUUGGUGAGAGCUUGCCUUUGACAGAAAGCUGACUAUUGGUGUUGAACUUGAUUCUGAAAGAAUGGUUCCUUUUUUGCUCUGGCUACUGGAAUUACAUAUGUAACU